CAGUGGGUCGGCGCGGGCGGCGGCGGGAGCGCGCCCGGGGCCGGGCCUGGACGCUCGGGUGCGCGCCGCGGGGCCCGCCCCGUCUCCGUCCUGCCCGCAGGCGCCGGGCCCUGCAGUCAUCCUCCGCGGGCUCACCCAGCGAGCAGUCACCACUUAAAAGAGACAGCAUAAGGAAUCAUCUUAUUACCAGUGGCAUUUCAAUAUUUAUGAAAUUUGAAAAUUGUAGCUGCAGUUCUGAUUCAUGGAUCAUCAAAGAAAGCAGAGAACAUAGAGAGGAAGGAAGAGGGAAAGAGAGAGAUAGAAACAUCAGUGAUGAGAGAGAAUCAUUGAUCGGCUGCCUCCUGCACACCCCACCCGCAAGCCGGGCAUGUGCCCUGACUGUGAAUCGAACCGUGACCUGAUUCAUAGGUGGACACUCAACCACUGAGCAACACCGGCUGAGCAGGAUCUUCAAAAGGGGCAAGUUUGGGCAGAUUUGAAGACUGAUACUAAAACAGGAGCUGAAAAUAUAAUGGUGAACAGAACAGUUGGUUCCUGCUCUCCCAGAACCUAAAGUUGAGCGAGGAAGAUAAAACCAAACAAGCAAGUACCAGAUAAGUGGUAAGACCUGUCUGAGAUGUGGUGGUUUCAGCAAGGCCUCAGUUUCCUGCCCUCGGCCCUUGUCAUUUGGACAGCUGCUGCUUUCAUAUUUUCGUACAUCACUGCCAUCACUCUGCACCAUGUUGACCCUGCUUUGCCUUAUAUCAGUGACACUGGCACCGUCGCUCCAGAAAAGUGCCUGUUUGGAGCAAUGUUAAACUUCUCCGCAGUUUUAUGCAUUGCUACCAUUUAUGUUCGUUACAAGCAAGUUCAGGCUCUGAAUCCCGAAGGGAAAUAUAUCUCCAGGUUAAACAAGGCUGGCCUCGUACUUGGAUUGCUGAGUUGUUUAGGACUUUGUUUUGUGGCAAAUUUCCAGAAAACAGCCUUUUUUGCCGUCCAUAUAUGUGGAGCUGUUCUCACCUUUGGUAUGGGCUCACUGUAUAUGUUUGUUCAGACCGCCCUUUCCUACCUAAUGCAGCCCAAAAUUCAUGGCAAGCAGAUCUUCUGGGUCAGACUACUGCUGGUCAUCUGGUGUGGAGUGAGCGCAUUUAGCAUGCUGACUUGCUCCUCACUCCUGUACAGUGGCCGUUUUGGCUCAGAUAUAGUACAGAAACUCCACUGGAAGCCCGAGGAUAAAGGCUAUGUGCUUCACAUGAUUACUACCGCAGCAGAAUGGUCAAUGUCAUUUUCCUUCUUUGGUUUUUUCCUGACUUUUAUCCGUGAUUUUCAGAAAAUUUCUUUGCGGGUGGAAACCAAUUUACAUGGAUUAACCCUCUAUGACACUAUUCCUUGUCCUAUUAACAACGAGCAAACACACCUACUUUCCAGAGAUGUAUGAUGAAAAGAUGAAAUAUUUAUGCAACGAUUAUGAUUCUCAGGGAUUGGGAAAACGUUCAUAAGUUACUACUACUGCCCUGAAAUUUUCCACCAAUUAAUCAAGACUGACAGUGACAUUGAUGGGUCCUGAUAACCAAGAAUCAUGAAGUAAGCCAUUUUCUAAAUUAUUUCAAGGGAUAUCUUCAAGAGGAUCACGUAAAACCAUUUCUGCCUAUACUUUUUUUAUUCCCAGGAAAUAAAACCAAAGGACGAUAGCACUAGAUUUUUUUUCUACUUUAUUUAAGUGAAACACCAGAAGUGCACUGAGCCAUCUGCAGAAUCCAGCAUUUCACGUUUUAGAAAUUAUUGUAAAGCAUGUUUUGUUUGGAGCACUUAUGCAAGACAUUUCCAGGACACCAAGUAAUCAGCAUUGCUCAGCAGCUCCUUUCAAAUUGGGUUUUGCAGUAAUAGUUUUACCAUACUAUUUCUUACAGUCUUUAAAAAAAUUUUUUUCUGGAAUUCACCAAUAAAGGGAAGCAGACCUGAA